AUGACUGAUCAAGUGUUCGGAAAGGUGUCGAAGGUCGUCUGUGUCGGUGCGGGUUAUGUCGGAGGGCCAACUUGUGCCAUGAUCGCCCACAAAUGCCCGCAUAUCACCGUCACCGUCGUCGACAUGAAUACGGCGAAGAUUGCCGAGUGGAACUCGGAUAAACUGCCUAUUUAUGAGCCUGGACUCGACGAGAUCGUGUUCGCCGCCCGUGGCCGCAACCUCUUCUUCUCAUCGGACAUCCCGAAGGCGAUCGCCGAGGCCGACUUGAUCUUCAUUUCGGUGAACACGCCCACAAAAAUGUACGGACGUGGAAAGGGAAUGGCGCCGGACCUGAAGUACGUCGAAUCGGUGUCCAGAACGAUCGCCCAGUACGCCGUUGGGCCGAAAAUCGUCGUCGAGAAGAGUACGGUGCCUGUGAAAGCCGCCGAAUCGAUCGGUUGUAUUCUGAGAGAGGCGCAGAAGAAUAAUGAGAAUCUCAAGUUCCAAGUUCUCUCGAAUCCUGAAUUUUUGGCUGAAGGAACCGCCAUGAAAGACCUCGCCAAUCCGGAUCGUGUGCUCAUCGGAGGAGAAACAUCUCCAGAAGGUCUCCAAGCGGUCGCCGAACUCGUCCGCAUCUACGAGAACUGGGUUCCACGUGACCGUAUCAUCACCACCAACACAUGGAGCAGCGAGCUCUCAAAGCUUGUCGCCAACGCCUUCUUGGCACAACGGAUCUCUUCGAUCAAUUCGAUUUCCGCUGUUUGCGAGGCAACGGGCGCUGAAAUUUCGGAAGUCGCACACGCAGUCGGAUUCGACACUCGGAUCGGUAGCAAAUUCUUGAAGGCGUCGGUUGGAUUCGGUGGAAGUUGCUUCCAGAAGGACGUGCUGUCGUUGGUCUACUUGUGUGAAUCACUCAAUCUUCCACAAGUCGCCGAGUAUUGGCAGGGAGUGAUCAAUGUGAACAAUUGGCAACGGAGACGAUUCGCUGAUAAGAUUAUUGCCGAGCUGUUCAACACGGUCACCGACAAGAAGAUUGCCAUUUUCGGAUUCGCUUUCAAGAAGAAUACAGGUGACACCCGUGAAUCCUCAGCCAUCUACGUCAUUAAGCACCUGAUGGAGGAGCACGCGAAGCUAUCGAUCUACGACCCGAAAGUGCAAAAAUCGCAGAUGCUCAACGACUUGGCUUCAGUGACGAGCGCGGAAGACGUCUCCCGACUCAUCACAGUGGAGACGGAUCCAUAUACGGCCGCCCGUGGUGCACACGCCAUCGUCGUGCUCACCGAGUGGGAUGAGUUUGUGGAGUUGAACUACACUCGGAUCCACGACGAUAUGCAACAUCCGGCUGCGAUCUUCGACGGACGUCUCAUCUUGGAUCAGAAGGCGUUGCGUGACAUCGGAUUCCGCACUUUCGCCAUUGGAACCUCACCCGAUCAGGCGUACAAUCUGUUUGGAACCGCCGGUUAUUAG